ACACCUUUAAAGAGACAAAGAGACGACUGAUUCUGAUUGUUCUACAGCUGCUGUUCUGCACUUGAAGCUUGUUUUUGCUGGUGGGGGACUAUGAGGUGCUUUCACUGUUUCACUGUACAGCAUGCUUGCCUUGUCAUACACAGAAGAAAGCAGUGAAAGAGCUAAGAUAACCUCCAAGUGAUCAGUCACUGGACUAUGGUGUCCCUUGGGCUGUUUGAAACCUGAUUCUUAGAAUGCCUGUGGAAAAAAAAAUUCUGCACUUAUUGUUCUGUGAUUGGCUGGUGCUGGAUUCAAUCUGCAUUUCUGUUAUCCACCCCCAACUGCAGAUGAUGUCAUGGCAUUGCACUGAUAACGGAAAGACAGGAAUAUUAAUCAGGUACUGAGUCAAGUUGGAACAUAUUCAAAUACUUGCUAUAUGCUGCAGGCAAGCGUCCCUGAAACUGAAAAGACAGAAAAAGCAUCUCUUCUCAGGGUGCUGUAGUGGACUGCAUAUUUCAUUUGCUGUUGGAUUACACAGCAGUCAUCCCUCUGGAAUUCAUUACUGCAGAAUUUACACUUUUGAAAAGGUCAGGAAGGCUGAGGUCCCCUUUUUCAGGGAAACCAGAAAAAGAAAAGCUAGUUGUUAAUGGCACUGAUCGUGGUUAUACUAGAUGUGCUGUCACUCCGUUGUGGAGCUUGUUACAGGGGCUCUCUGGAUCUCUAGGUUGCUUCCACUGUAAAGGAUUUGACCGUUGCUCAUCCCAGUUUCGGUGAGUAAUGCCAUGCCACCACAGGUAGCGGGGCAGUACAAGGUGGUGUCUGCAUCUGAGGUCCCACCAGUUCCCCCAAGGAGGCUCCGCAGUCGAGCUACAUCUGCAGGCACUCGUUGCCGGAAUGCAUCUGCCCCAGAUCACAGGGUGAAAUGUGUGCUUGUAGGGGAUGGCGCUGUUGGUAAAACUAGCAUGGUGGUGAGCUAUACAACUAACGGUUAUCCAACUGAGUACAUCCCUACUGCCUUUGACAACUUCUCAGCGGUGGUGUCUGUGGAUGGCAAGCCCAUAAAGCUGCAACUGUGUGACACAGCAGGACAGGAUGAAUUUGAUAAAUUAAGACCUUUGUGCUACACCAACACGGACAUUUUCCUGCUGUGUUUCAGUGUUGUUAGUCCGUCUUCCUUCCAGAAUGUGAGCGAGAAAUGGGUUUCAGAAAUCCGAUGUCACUGCCCCAAGGCUCCCAUUAUCCUUGUAGGAACCCAGUGUGACCUUCGUGAGGAUGUUAAAGUGCUCAUUGAGUUGGACAAGUGUAAAGAAAAGCCUGUUGAUGAAGAAACUGCCAAGCUGUGUGCUGAGGAGAUAAAGGCCACCAUGUACAUUGAAUGUUCUGCUCUCACUCAGAAAAAUCUCAAAGAGGUCUUCGAUGCAGCUAUUGUAGCUGGCAUUCAGUACUCUGAGGGCUCACAACAAAAGAAGACUAAGAGUAGGACUCCUGACAAAAUGAAAAACAUUUCCAAAUCUUGGUGGAAAAAAUAUUGCUGUUUUGUAUAACAUCAGAGAGCCAUUUGUGUAGCUUUAACUAAUGUUAUGCUAUCCAACAUCCACAGCUACAUUAGCUGUGGUUAACUAAUCUGCCUUGAAAGUCUUCCAUAUUCAUGAAAUGUCUGCAUUGACUGAGGGUGGGGUUUGCUGUAAUGUGACAGGACUUUUUUUGCACAACAUCCCACACCUCAGAAAGAGUUCUGGAAUCACUAAUACAACUCUUAGGCUAAUGUAAAACCAAUUGGAAUAAUUAGAAGCCUGGGCAAGACAUCCCUUAUGUCCGUAUUUGUUUCAUUGUGACACACCUCUAAAAUCUAUGUUAAAAACUCUUGAUGGAAGGAAGCUGCUCUGAGCAGUACAGAGCAAUGUGAAACCACCACCUUUUUCCUUUGCUCUGGCUAUGGUGUUUUCCUUUAAGCAAAGGAGUGUGCUUAGACUGCUUUGGGAAAUAGAACAGGGUGUUGCCGCAUAUCACAGAGAUUUGUUCUGUAUGUGUUUCAGCAGAAUUAGUUGUUAGAACAAAGGAUAAAUUAUAUAAUUUACCACACACUUAACAGGAGGUCUGUUACUCCUCCUGGUUUUUCCAUUCCAUUUCUGACUUUCUGAAGUAACAGCUGCUAGAUAAGAACAAAAGCAUAGGUCAUUUUUUUCUGGCCCAGACGUCAUUUGAUUAUCAAAUCAGUACCAUUGUGCCUCUCAGAGUGUAGGAAGUGUCAGCAGUAACUUGUAAGCUCAGUUUUGGGUUGUUUUCUUGCAAAAUGCAGCCAGAUGUAAUGUAAUGAGAAUGAUCUAAUCUCAGCUGUUAGUAGCUGCUUGGAUGUGCUCACACAGUGAAAGAUAAUGAUUUCAUUCCAAUGUCAGGGUAGAAACUGCACCAAAUGCAAAUUUUAAUAACAGUACAUCCAUUUUUCUGCUCAGUAUAGAAAGCUUGUGUGUGUGUGUGUGUGUGUGUGUGUGUGUGUGUGUGUGUGUGUGUGUGUGUGUGUGUGUGUG